AUGGUACGUAGAAGAACUGCUUCUCCAGCUUCAAGUGGACCAGUCCGUCGAUCAUCACCAGCUCCAAGACCUGCAGCUGCCGCUCCAACCCACAAUUAUUCAGCUCCACCAGCUCCAAUGGCAUCACCAAUGGCUGGUGCUGCUGCUCCAAAGCAACCAGGUCUUAUGGCCCAAAUGGCUGCUACUGCAGGUGGUGUAGCUAUUGGAAGUAGCAUAGGACACGUUGUUGGUAAUAUGAUAACUGGAUCUGGAAAUUCACAUGAUAAUGUUCAAUCAUCAUCUGCUCAAACUCCAGUUAAUAAUCAACAACCUUCUCAAAAUUAUCAAAACCCCUGUGAAUUUGAAUAUCGUCAAUUCUUUGAAUGUUCAAGAAGUGCUUCUGACAUCAAUGUUUGUUCGGCAUAUCAUGAUCUUUUUAAAGAAUGUAAGGUCCGUAAUAAUAUGCCAUAA